GAUUUUAGGCAGUGUUAUUUCCUCUUCCGUUUUUUUUUUCCCUCCCUUGGUGCUCAUUUUUCUUCUUUGUAUCUGGUUAAAGACAAGAGAUGGUAAACUUAUGCACAGUACAAAACCAGAGGGCACCCAGACUUUUCUCUCCAUCCCAGUUUUUCUAUUCUCUUCCCUCAUAUGUUCAUUCACCCUCCCCUCCCUUCCACUUUCUCUCUCAAUGUUCACCAUGUGGUCAUCGUUAGUUGACGACGACGACAACGGCAGCAGCAAGAGGGUGUCUUGCUCACCCUCAAAGUCCUCCACAUGUUCAUCUCAUCCUCCUUUCUCACCCUCAUCUCCCAUCCCUGACUCUUCACCCAAAAAAACCAUGGACGAAGUCUGGAAAGAUUUGAGCCUCUCUUCUCUUCAUCACCACUCCAUCAGCACCGUCAACAAUGCUACCACCAACACCCACCAUGCAUUUCGUAGCACCCUCCUUCAGGACUUCUUGGCUCGACCUUCCAAUAUGGACCCACUUAGAACAGGCACCUCUACUGCUGAUCCCUCCUCCGCCGGAGCUGCCACUCCCUUCGCAUCUCCCCUUCCUCCUCCGCCCACCCUCUUGAGCUUGAAUUCACUCCCUGAUUUUCAUUGCAUUGACGACACUGAUCCCAUGAAGCCGCACUCUCAUUUGCACAAUAACGCCACUGCUGCUACGCCCUAUCUGUACCCUCCCUUCAAUGUUUUGGCUGCUGCUUCUCCCGAAUACCCUUCAUUCCGCAAGAAAAGGCCCCGAGGAAGUGACGAUAAUUCUGGCGAUCGGCGACAUAAACGCCUCAUCAAGAACAGAGAGUCAGCUGCACGCUCCAGGGCUAGAAAACAGGCUUACACAAACGAGUUGGAGCUGGAAGUUGCCCACUUGAUAGAGGAGAAUGCAAGGCUGAAAAGACUGCAACAAAAGUUCUGCCCAGAAGCUUCUGCUCAGCUUCCAAAAAAGCACACACUCUACAGAACCUCAACUGCCCCAUUUUGAGAAGUAAGAAUGCAUCCCUUUAAUUUUGGUCCUUAUUUUUGCUCCCGUUUUGACUACUACCUCACCAAAUUUCCCCGGGAAAGAAAGACAUCAUGAAGAAUCGGUUUACCGUUUACCAUGGGCUUUAGCCUCUUACUAGACACAUCUCUAUCAAGGGUAUCUGUGAAAAGGAACGGAAGAGGAAAAAUGAAACAAAAUAACCACCAAGAAGGAGAAGAUGAAAACUUGUUUAGAUCCUGGUCUGCUGGGGGCAUUGGUGGGUAUUUUGUUCUUUUUAAUAUCCAUAUCUUGUGUUUUUGUCUCUGGGCCAUGUUCUGCUGCUUUUUUUUUUUUUUUUCCCCUCUCCCGAUGGGUAGGAGGGCAGGGGGGUGAAAAUAAAUGUACUACUGUUCUUGCUUGCCCAGAUAAAGAAAUUGCAGUACUGAGAUGUGACAUGUU